AUGUUGGCAUUCACAACCCUGAUCUCUUUUGUCCUUGUUGCGGGUGUUACAGCUCAAGAGUGCAGUUCUGAUGUUGACUGCCCAGCGAACUGGGAUUGCAUGGGAGGAGGUCCAUUUGGAUUGGGCAAGAAAAGAUGCUUUGCUUUGAGCUGUGCCAAAGGUGCUGCUCAGGCCUUCCUCGAAACUGGUUUUGAUGCAGAUGAAUUCAUUGGCACCAUCAGGAGUGCGACGGGCCUCAAAAACAGAGACUUCAUGGGUUUUAAUGCUGACAAUGACAAGAACAGUCUCUUAUCGGAAGCAUUUGCAUCAAAUCAACCUAAUCUUGAUGUCUUCACCGCAAACUUUACUGCGUGUGCCAAUCCUCCAACAAACGUCCGUCGUGGUCGAGAGCUUCAAACUGGACUUUUUAGCUUGACUAUGACUGGUAUUCAGUGGAGUGGUGCAGCUGCAAUUGCCUACUUUGGAAAGUCUACUUGGGGUUCAUCAGGCGGCGUAGGCUUGCAACUUGUUUCCAACUGUCUUGGUGCCCUGAUUGGUGCUGAUGUCGGCUUUGAUUAUCUGAUUCAAAUCGUCCAGGGAACCGAUUCUACACUAGUCGAUACUUUAUCCGAUACUUCAUCCGAUACUAAGCAGAAUACAGUCAAUCCGGGCAACAGUUGGAUGCUUCCCUUUGUCACUGCGAUUCCGCUUGGCUUUCAGUACGGAGUUCUCGAUGCUAGUGAUGGCUCUGGCGAUUACAGUAUUCUUGAGAUCAGCUUUGGCCCAUCUGUUGGUGCUUCCGUGCUUGGAUAUACUGCCUGCCUCAAUCAGCUGACAAGCUCUCAGUAG